GCGCUCUGGUUCGGGCCGACUCCGCCUCUGCGAUUGUAGUUCGGCCUUGGGGUCGCGGGCGGCAUGGUACCCAGCUGCCAGAUUGAAGUACUGUAUUUUGCAAAAAGUGCUGAAAUAGCAGGAGUUCAUUCAGAGACCAUUUCUGUGCCACAGGAAAUAAAAGCAUUGCAGCUUUGGAAAGAGAUAGAAACUCGACAUCCUGGAUUGGCUGAUAUUAAAAAUCAGGUGAUAUUUGCUGUUCGUCAAGAGUAUGUCGAGCUGGGAGAUCAGCUCCUCCAGCUGCAAGCAGGAGACGAAAUUGCCAUUAUCCCCCCAAUUAGUGGAGGAUAAUGCUUUUCAGCCAUGUAGGAAAAAUAUGGACGAAGUUGAAGAGAAAUCUAAAGACAUAAUAAAAUGCACUGCUGAGAAACUUUCAGUAGAUGAAGUCUCACAGUUGGUGAUUUCUCCAGUGUGUGGUGCAGUGUCCUUAUUUGUAGGGACUACAAGAAAUAACUUUGAAGGGAAAAAAGUCAUUAGUUUAGAAUAUGAAGCAUAUAUACCAAUGGCGGAAAAUGAAAUCAGAAAAAUUUGUAGUGACAUUAGGCAGAAAUGGCCGGUAAAACACAUAGCAGUGUUCCAUAGACUUGGCUUGGUUCCAGUGUCAGAAGCAAGCAUAAUUAUUGCUGUGUCCUCAGCCCACAGGGCUGCGUCUCUAGCAGCUGUGAGUUAUGCCAUUGAUACUUUAAAAGCCAAAGUGCCCAUAUGGAAAAAGGAAAUAUAUGAAGAAUCAUCAUCAUCAUGGAAAAGAAACAAAGAAUGUUUUUGGAAAAGAUAGUUUCCUGAAGCACAAUCUCUUAGGUUUUACCAAUGGAUCAAGUAGAAGAAAAAAGAAGGAAAAAUAAAUGGUUUGGGGGAUCUAAGAACUAGAGAUGGGGAAGAAAUGAGAUCAUUUAACUGUGAGGAAAGAUGUCUGUGGUAGACAUACCCUUCCAUGAUUAAUUUCUAAUUAUGACUCAAUUCAUAUUAAAGUGAGGCCUCUCCUCACUAACUUUAACUGUUUCAGGGAGAACUCUUUGUCUGCUAGCCCCAGUGCAUUGAUAGUGUUAUCAUCAGGGACGCAUUGUAGAAACGUUGGGAGAACUGGAAAGUCACUGUCAGACGAUUUCGCUAUUGUGUUUGCUAUACAUUUUCAGAACUUACAUAUUAAAAAAACCUAACUCCAUGAUUUAAUGAUAAACCUAAAAUAUGGAGACUUCUAAUAUUUUAGUCUAUGAUUGUACCAUCAUACUUGUUGUAUUUUAUUAGUUAUUAUCAGUAGACAAGUCAGCAUAAAAUUGUUAAGAAACUAACAACAUUUUUAUGUUUAACAACAUUUUAAUGUUUCAAAUUUAACAUGACUGUUAAAGGAAAUUAGGGAAAUUAAUAUUAGAGAAAUUACAUGAUUUCUAAAGUAUUUGAGGGUAUUUUUCUGGAUACUAAUGCAACCUUAUCAUUAGUGAAGUCAUUAAAAACUUUUCUGUAAGAUUUUUA